CCCACAAUCUGAAAUCCUGAAUCAUAAACCUCUCUCUCUCUCUCUCUCUCUCUCUCUCUCUCGAUUAGGAAAAGGGGAAUAUCAGCUUUGAGAAAUCCCAGAUCCAUCUAGUAUUGUAUUUAGUGGGUACAGUCUACAAAUUAGGCACACACAUACAUUCGAUAAUUGUUCGGAAAUGGGUGGCAUGUCGAUGAAUGUGGCGAAGUUGGGAGGAGCAAGGUCAGAGUCGGCAUACCACACCCACAAGGUGUUCCUGCUGAGCAACUACAUUUUGCUGGGAGCAGCCUCCAGCUGCAUCUUCCUGACGCUGUCUCUGCGGCUGCUGCCGUCGGUGUGCGGCUUCUUCUUGAUCCUGCUCCACGUGCUGACAAUUGCCGGGGCCAUCUCGGGAUGCGCGGCGGCGGGGAGCAGGUCGAGCUCCAAGUGGUACGGAGCGCACAUGGUGUCGACGGUACUGACGGCGAUAUUCCAAGGGUCGGUGGCGGUGCUGGUGUUCACGAGGACGGGGGACUUUCUCGGGGAGCUCAAGUCGUACGUGAGGGAAGAGGAUGGGAGUGUGAUUCUGAAAUUGGCAGGAGGGCUGAGCGUGGUGAUAUUCUGCUUGGAGUGGGUGGUGCUCACACUCGCCUUCUUCCUGAGGUACUAUGCCUCUGUUGAGGGAAGUGGUGCUGGUGCUGGUACGAGGAGUUCCAAGGUGCAACAAGCAGCUGACGAGGAUUUGAAGGACUGGCCAUGGCCCUUCCAAGUCUGACACGGAACAUCAAACAUACAACAACUGCACUUCGGCAGAGGCUCCUUUGAUUUCAUAUUAUAAUUAUAUUCUAUAAAAUAUCCCCCUUAUCAUAAUAUGCAUAUGUGCUGCUACCGCUGCUUAUUAUUAUGUAGUAAUUAAUUCGUUGAUUCAAAUUCAA